AUGUCCGCCAAGCGGCCGGCCGAGGACGCACGAGUAGUCGACGAUGAGGGCGCUAAGCGCCCGAAAGUUGAGCCUCUCGUCGUCGUCGAGGAGGCCGAAGGACCUCCCCCCGAGGACAUGAUCCUGUCCGCGCUCGGCAAGAUCAAGCGGCACAUCGUGGAGCCGAAGAAGUUCCGCAAGGCCGCAGGCCUGCUCCUGCAGCUCGUCCGCGCCGACUCCAUCGCCGCGCCCGAGCACGCGGACGCGCUCUUUUCAGCUCUUUCUGCCGCCGCAACCACCGCGGCCGUCAGGGACCUGCCCAUCACGGACGUUGCCGCGCGCCGCGACUUCAAGUGUGUGUUCGCGGACGCGGCGGCGCACGAGUGCGCGGGCGCGAUGCGGCCGUGGCAGCGCGCCGUCCUGACGAAGGCGUGGGGCCCGCUGUACGAGCAGCGCCACGCGCUGUUCACGGACGACUCGUUCGCGUUCAACCGCGCCCUGACUCAGGUCAAGGCCGCGGUCGCGGAACUCCCCCCCGCGACCGCGGAGGACGACGCGGCGCUCGCGCGUGCCGUGGAGGCCCUUGCGAGCGAGGCGUGGCGGACUGGCGGCGGGGGCGCGCAGCCGGACAGCGGGGCGGCGGAGUGCGCGGGAGGGGAGCGCGAGCCGCCGCCGCCGCCGCCGCCGCCGGAGGACGAGCAGGAGGGUGCGAGCGGGGCGCAGGUCGUGCACCAGGCGGUGGGCGGGCAGUGGGUGUGGAGCGGGGCGGAGUGGCAGUGGGCGGCGGACGGCGCGGUGAGCGGGGCGCGGGCGCGCCCGGCGUGGAUGUCGGAGGCGGUGGCGGAGGAGCUGCGGGCGCGCAAGGCGGCGGCGAAGGCGGAGGCGGCGCGGGCGGCGGAGGUUGCGGGCGCGGCGGACGAGGGGGGGGGACUGACGUCAGGGCAGAUCCUGGCGCUGCGGAGGGAGUCGCUGCUGCUGUGCCUCGAGGCGAUGAGGCCGAUGUACAAGACGGCGUGGGCGCGGACGGGCAUCGACCUCGCGGUCGCAGCGGCGCGCCAGCACGAGCAGAGGUUCUGUGCCUCGCAGCGGGAGCGCAUCGACGCGCUGUGGAAGUUCACGCAGGCGGAGAAGGCGGCGCGGCGCAAGGCGGGCGGCAAGGCGGACAAGGGCGACCUGACGUCCUUUGAGCAGGCCCAGCGGGCGUGGGGCAGCUCGGACGCGGUGUCGCGGCGCGGCGCGGUGACGGGCGGCUCCACGGGCGGCACGGGGGGCAACUACAACUGGCUCGGCUGA